AUGCAGAGCUGCGCGAGAGCGUGGCGCGUCGUCACGAGGACGGUGAGCGCCCGCGAGAGACGCCGCGUGUGUGAGAAACUCAGCGGCAGACCGGCGUUCACAAACGCGUCCGUUAACGUUAACAGCGUCCGCGGACUCAGGACCACCGCGGCUGCGGGGUCCCGGAAGAUUGAGCGGAUUCUGCCGAGACACGAUGACUUCGCGGAGAGACACAUUGGACCCGGUGAUAAAGAGAAGAGAGAGAUGCUCAACACGCUCGGCCUCGGGUCUGUUUCGGAGCUCAUAGAAAACACCAUUCCUUCAUCAAUUCGCCUGCAAAGGAGUCUGAAAAUGGACGACCCAGUGUGUGAGAAUGAGAUUCUUGAGUCACUCCAAAAGAUUGCUUCCAAGAACAAGCUGUGGAGGUCCUACAUCGGAAUGGGCUAUUAUAACUGCUCUGUGCCCCCUGUCAUACAGAGAAAUCUUCUGGAAAAUUCUGGAUGGGUAACACAGUACACCCCCUACCAGCCCGAGGUCGCGCAGGGUCGUUUGGAGAGCCUACUUAACUACCAGACCAUGGUGUGUGACAUCACCGGUAUGGCAGUGGCCAACGCUUCACUUCUGGAUGAAGGCACUGCAGCUGCUGAGGCCAUGCAGCUUUGUCACAGGCAGAACAAGAGAAGAACGUUCUACAUUGAUCCCCGUUGUCAUCCACAGACUAUUGCAGUGGUGCAGACCAGAGCCAACUAUAUUGGGGUGAAGGCUGUGCUGAAAUUGCCUCAUGAGAUGGACUUCAGUGGGAAGGACGUUAGUGGGGUGCUCUUCCAGUACCCUGAUACUGAAGGAAGAGUGGAGGACUUCUCUGCACUUGUGGAUCGGGCCCACAAGGGUGGGGCAUUGGCUUGCUGUGCUACUGAUUUGCUGGCCCUGUGUGUCUUGCGUCCACCUGGUGAGUUUGGAGUGGACAUUGCUUUGGGCAGCUCCCAACGUUUUGGAGUGCCUCUCUGUUACGGCGGACCUCAUGCUGCUUUCUUCUCAGUCAAAGAAAAUCUGGUCAGGAUGAUGCCAGGAAGGAUGGUUGGAGUCACUAGGGAUGCUGCAGGUAAAGAGGUGUAUCGUCUCGCACUUCAGACUAGAGAGCAGCACAUCCGGCGAGACAAAGCCACCAGCAACAUCUGCACUGCUCAGGCUCUUCUGGCGAACAUGGCAGCCAUGUACGCACUGUACCAUGGCCCACAAGGCCUGAGGCACAUUGCUGAGAGGACGCAUAAUGCAACCCUGAUUCUUGCCGAAGGGCUUAUUAGAGCUGGACACAAGCUCCAGCAUGAAACCUUUUUUGACACACUGAAGAUUCACUGUGGUGUGGCUGCCAAGGACAUACUAGAGAAGGCCGUACAGCGUCAGGUUAAUUUGCGAGUCUACAGUGAAGGAGUGCUUGGUGUGUCUUUGGAUGAGACGGUUACAGAAAGAGACUUGGAUGACUUGCUCUGGAUCUUCGGAUGUGAAUCCUCUGCUGAACUUAUUGCUGAGAAAAUGAGUGAGAGAACAAAAGGUCUGCUAGCAAGUCCUUUUAAGAGGACCAGCAAAUUCCUCACCCACCCAGUGUUCAACAGCUAUCACUCGGAGACCAACAUUGUGCGAUACAUGAAAAGACUGGAGAAUAAAGACAUUUCACUUGUGCACAGUAUGAUUCCCUUGGGAUCCUGCACUAUGAAGCUGAACAGCUCCUCAGAACUCAUGCCAAUCACAUGGCAGGAAUUUGCUAAUAUCCACCCUUUUGUGCCGCUGGACCAGGCUGAGGGUUAUCAACAGCUCUUCCGCCAGCUGGAGAAAGAUCUUUGCGAGAUCACAGGAUAUGACAAGAUCUCCUUCCAACCAAAUAGUGGUGCCCAGGGAGAGUAUGCUGGCCUGGCUGCCAUCAAAGCCUACCUGAAUUCCAAAGGAGAGUCACACAGAACAGUGUGUCUAAUUCCUAAAUCAGCUCAUGGUACCAACCCUGCCAGUGCUCAGAUGGCUGGUAUGAAAGUUCAGGUGGUGGAGGUAGACAAAGACGGCAAUAUUGAUGUGGUUCACCUGAAGGCAAUGGUGGACAAACACAAGACAAACUUGGCAGCCAUAAUGAUCACAUAUCCCUCAACAAAUGGUGUGUUUGAGGAAAAUGUCAGUGAAGUGUGUGAGCUCAUUCACCAGAAUGGUGGACAGGUGUAUCUGGAUGGGGCCAACAUGAACGCACAGGUGGGAUUGUGUCGGCCAGGAGAUUACGGCUCAGAUGUUUCUCACCUGAAUCUUCACAAAACUUUCUGUAUUCCUCAUGGAGGUGGAGGUCCAGGCAUGGGUCCUAUUGGAGUGAAGCAGCAUCUUGCCCCGUUUCUACCAAGCCACCCAGUGGUGAACAUGCAGUCUAGCAACACAGUUAGCUCUCUGGGCACAAUCAGUGCUGCCCCCUGGGGUUCCAGUGCCAUCUUGCCCAUCUCUUGGGCCUACAUAAAGAUGAUGGGCUCAAAAGGCUUGAGGCAUGCAACAGAAGUGGCCAUCCUUAAUGCAAACUAUAUGACCAAGAGACUAGAAAGCCAUUACAAAAUCCUGUUUAGGGGCUCUAAAGGGUUUGUUGCUCAUGAAUUUAUUUUGGAUGUUCGACCAUUCAAGAAGACUGCAAACAUCGAGGCAGUGGACAUUGCCAAAAGACUGCAGGAUUAUGGCUUCCAUGCCCCUACCAUGUCGUGGCCUGUGGCUGGAACUCUGAUGAUUGAGCCAACAGAAUCGGAGGACAAGGGCGAGAUGGAUCGUUUCUGUGAUGCCUUGGUGGCCAUUCGACAGGAAAUUGCAGACAUUGAAGAAGGCAGGAUGGACUCUAGGGUUAACCCACUAAAGAUGGCUCCCCAUUCACUGGCAUGCAUUGCUUCAUCCACAUGGGACAGACCCUACUCCAGGGAGUAUGCUGCUUUCCCCAUGCCUUUUGUGAGACCCGAGACCAAGUUCUGGCCCACGAUUUCAAGGAUUGACGAUAUCUAUGGUGACCAGCAUCUUGUGUGCACCUGUCCCCCCAUGGAGGUCUAUGAAUCUCCGUAUGAAGAACGAGCCUCCUCGUGACCACCUCCCAGCAACAUCCCAGUCACAGUCUUCCAAAUGAUCCAUCUCUAGCAGAUUCAUCUCUCCAUGCUCUUGGUGCCUCACUUCUCAUCCUGCGUUCACUGUACAAAUAGUUUCCUUCCCUUUCUUUAGCUCUCCGUUGCGCUACUAAAAAACAAAAUCGGCAUCUGGCUCAUAUUUAGUGAUCAACUUGUAUAGGUUUUGGUUUUUAUAUUUGUUCAUUCCAUGUAUGAAAUGUUCAAUGUAUGGAUUUUGUUUCAACUGUAUGUAGGCAUAACAAACUGGCCCAGUUCUCAAUGUUGACCUUAAAUUUUUUAGAUGUAACCUUUUCUAAUUAUUUAAGAAAUUUAAUAAAUGUUUUAAAGGUA